UCCCAGAGAAAAGCAUUUGUCAUAAUGUGUCAUUAAUCUUUCUGCCCCCCCUUCUUUUCUAAACAAAAACUUAAGUCUGUUUUAAAAAUACAAUGCAGUUCAAGCCUAUUUUCAAUAAUACGAAAUUAUGUUUUCAAUUGAAAAGAAAUAUCAGUCUAGCUUCUAAAGCCGAUUCUAUGGGGUUAUCUUUUCAUCGUGCCCCUGUGAAAAGCCUUUCCGGACUAUAUAAAUAUUCGGACCUAACCGCCGGUUUUCCAUCUUCUCUUCAUAGCCAUCUUAGUAUCAGAUUAUAUUCAAUGUCUCAUACUCCUCGUGUACUAACAGUCGGCACUGGCGCAGUGGGUGCCAUUUAUACCUGGAGACUUUCUAAAUCGUGUAAUGUCACAACCGUAUGUCGUUCAAACUACGACAUUGUCAACGAAAAGGGUUUUGAGAUGGAUUCUGCAAAGUUUGGUGUAGAGAAUUUCAAACCUAACAAUGUUGUUCGAACUGUUUCUGAAGGUGUUACUUCUGAACCUUUUGAUUAUAUCUUGGUUACACUCAAGGCUUUACCUGAUGUCUAUGACGUUGCAGAAAUUAUCGCUCCUGCAGUGACAGAAAAUACAACCAUUGUCUUGAUUCAAAAUGGCCUUGGUGUUGAAGAACCCAUCACCAAUCGUUUCCCUAACAAUCCCAUUGUUUCAAUCGUAGCUUACAUUGGCACUUCUCAAAAUGACCCUGGAAAGAUUACGAUGGUUGGCCGUGAAUCUUUACUCAUUGGUAAAUAUCUUUCCGCCAAAACUGAUUCUGAUAAGCAACGCGCUGCUUUUAUUGAGCUUUUGAAGAAGGGUGAUGUGGAGGUUCAAGUAGUGGAAGACGUAGAGUGUGUUCGCUGGCAAAAGUUGUUCUGGAAUGCCGCUUUCUCACCUGUUUGCACCUUAUCAGGCUUAAAUACAACAGAGGUUUUAGCCAACGAAGAAGCCAUGAAGGCUGUCACAAGCGUCAUGGGAGAAGUUAUUGAUGCUGCCAAUGCUUGUGGAUAUAAAUUUGACCGCGAAGAACAAAUGACCAAUAUGAUCAACAGAACAAAAGCUACUGCCACAAACUACAAGCCUUCCAUGCAAUUGGAUAAAGAGCGUGGUUCUCCUAUGGAAGUUGAAGUGAUUCUCGGUACUCCUUUAAAAAGAGGACAGGCGAAGGGUUUGGCGCUUCCCCACUUAGAGUUAACUUAUGCCCUUUGCAGUGCUGCAAAUGCCUCCUCUGCUAUUCGUAGCAAAAAAGCUACCCUUUAAAUAGAACAAUAGAAAAUAUUUAUUUUAAAAACAUUAAACUUCGCAUGUCAAAUGAAC